AUGAGCAAACAAAAAUCGACAACAACUGUUACCAGUGGUGCAGCAGCGAUGCCUAGCACCACCACUAUUACCAACGCGAACAAUCGUGCUGCUGCUGUGCUGCCUCGACCUAGGCGUCGAGAGCUUCAAAAUUUCCGGCUUCUAUGGCUUGAUGCCAAAUUGGAUGAGUCCAAUGACGAUUUCAAGAAAUCGUUUCGACGCCUGCGACGUGUUGUAGCAAGCAUCGAAACAUUUAAAGAUGCUCAAGAAUGCAUUGAUUUUCUCAGUGCCGUUACAAAUCAAAAGGUAUUUAUGAUCAUAUCUGGUUCACUGGGACGGCAAAUAAUAGCAGAUAUUGAAGCAUGGCCACAACUGGAGUCAGUCUAUGUAUUCUGUCGCAACCAAGCGGUCCAUGAACAAUGGGCCAAUAAAGUACCAAAGGUUAAAGGUGUAUACACAAAAAUCAAACCGAUCUGUAAGGCCUUGCAAAUCGAUCGCGAAAAUUGUGAUCGAGCAAUGAUCUCGAUCAGCUUUAAUGGUCGUGAUGCAUUAUUCAUGUAUACACAACUUUUAAAAGAAGCGCUUUUGGAAAUUGAAGAUGACGAUGUCAAAUCGAUUAAAGAUCUCGUCGAAUACUGUCGUCUGCAAGAUGAUAUUGAUGAAGGUCAAAUUAGGAAGGUCGAAAAUGAAUAUCGUGAUCAUACACCAAUAUGGUGGUAUACGGCUGAAACAUUUAUAUAUCCCAUGCUCAAUCGUGGACUCCGACAAAUGGAUGUUGACAUCAUCCUUAAAAUGGGAUUUUUCAUCCGUCAUUUACAUCAGCAUAUUACCGAAUUACAUGGCGAACAAAAAGGCAGCAUGCCAACAAAUUUUCAAGCCUUCCGUGGACAGGGUUUGUCCAUGGAAGAUUUUGAAAAAAUGAAAAAAACCAAAGGAGGACUUAUGUCCUUCAAUAAUUUUCUGUCGACAAGUCGCAAUCGCGAGAUAUCUUUCAACAAUUUUGCACGACCAGCAGCAUUAAAUACAAAUUCAGUUGGUAUUCUCUUCAUUAUGAACAUUGACACGGCUAUUUGUACAAAAUCAUCAACAACAUUUGCUGAAGUAAGCAAAGUUGGCUACUACAAAGAUAAAGAGGAAGAAAUACUAUUUUCAACACAUGCGAUUUUUCGUAUCGAUCGCAUUGAACGAAUUCACGAUAAUCACUGCGAUCGGCUAUACGAAGUUAAUCUCACUAUUGUCGGUAAUGACAAUCAUGAAUUGAACACACUUACAGCACAUAUACGUGAGGAACUUGGUGGGUGCACAGGAUGGGCUCGAUUUGGUUUCAUACUUAUUAAAGUGGGCGAACCUGCAAAAGCAGAACAACUCUAUCAGAUCCUCAUUGAAAAGGCGCCUUCUGAUAAAGAUAGAGCAGAUUACAAUCAUCAACUUGGCUGGGUGUAUGAUGACAUGGGAGAGUACUCGAAAGCACUUUUAUAUUACGAAAAAUCACUGGAUAUCUACAAGAAAAUUCUCUCUCCAAAUGAUCUCUGUUUGGCUUCUUCCUACAACAACAUCGGUGCGGUGUAUGAUAAUAUGGGCGAGUACUCGAAAGCACUUUCAUCGUAUGAACGAUCACUUGAAAUCCGAAAAAUAGC